ACCAAAAUCCUAUACCAUAUAAUAUAAUUUGAUCAUAUGACGACUUUUGUUUUAACUUGUGUUCCAAUAGGUAUCCAAUUGGUUCAUCAAUGCCAGAGUGAGACUGUGGAAGCCAAUGGUGGAAGAGAUGUAUUUGGAAGAAACAAAGAGCAUGACAACAACAUGGUCUCACCUAAUGGAGCCACUGAUGUUAAUCAAAACGAUAAAAAACCGACCCCGGACCAGCUCGUUCGAGUGGAAUCCGAAUGUCUAUCGUCUGUUAUCUCAACGAAUCUGGAUAAAAUCGAUGCCAAGACCACCGAGAACCAGCACGGUUUGCAUCAUCAUCAUCAACAACAACAUGAUUUCUCGACUUAUGGUGCCAUGGAUUUGGACAUCUCUUCCUACAGUCAUCAGACGGCAGCCGGUGGCGUGUCGUUGACGUUAGGGUUACAACAGCAUGGUGGGAACGGGUGAGCUUAGCU